AUGUUUGAUACAUUGCACAAUAAAUACGAUGGAACAAAAUGUGGUCACAAAACCGUUUUUUCGGAAACAGAGGAAAACCGCCUGGCCGACUGGGUGGUGGACAUGUCAAGAAUCGGGUACGGUCGCACCAGGGAAGAACUUUUGACAACUGUGCAAAACAUUCUGGAUGUGGAUAAUCGUGUCAAUCCGUUUAAAAACAAUAAACCAGGAAAGGAUUGGUUUUAUGGCUUCUUAAAGCGACAUCCCAGCAUUUCAGUCUGGACACCACUUCAAUUGGGGAAGGAGCGAGCUAUCGUAACACCAGAGAAAAUUGUCGGCUGGCAUCAAAAUUUCCUUGAUUAUUUUGGUUCAAGUGACAAGACCCAAAUCAAUGUGAUGCCUUAUAUGAGUGCCAGUGGGCAUUAUAUUCCCCCUAUGUUGGUAUUCCCAGGCAAGCGGUUUACUUACAAUGUUUUGGAGGGUUUUGAGAGAGCUGCGAUGGGACGAUCGGACAAUGGUUGGAUGGACAGUGUACUCUUUGUUGACUGGUUGAGGGAUGUCUUCAUUCCUUCAGUCAAGCAUCAAGGAGUACAAUUUCCUGUCCUGUUGUUUGUUGAUGGACAUUCAACACACAUCACAUGGGAUGCAUCAGAAAUUUGCAAAAAGAAUGAUGUAAUUCUUUACUGUUUGCAAGAACAUGCAUCACACUUGAUGCAACCUUUGGACCUUCGCCUAUUCAGCUCGCUCAAAGAGAAUUGGAAGCAAGCCGUUCGUCAGUAUCAGAUGGAACAUGUUGGGGAUUUCGUUACCAAGCAAACUUUUGCCAGAGUUUUUAAGUCUGCAUGGGUGAAAUCAACAACUGUUGACAUUGCCAUUCAUGGCUUCAGAGAUGCAGGUCUCUUCCCCCUGAAUGCAGACGUAGUCCUGAAUACACAUAAGUUGAUCCCCAGCACCAUAUUCUGUUCCGAGAAACCGGAAAGUACGACUAAUGUGAGUUCAUCGUUCUCUGCCACUAACAGAUUCACUCCUCAAGCGUCUGUCUCUCAUGGACAAGGUGAAUCAGGCUCGACUGUCCGACCUACAGUUCAGAUAUCACAGCCGUCAACGUCCACUGCCACUAACAGGUCCACUCCCCCAGCCUCUACAUAUCCUAGACAUGGUGACUCACGUACGGCUGUCCGACCUACAGUUCAGAUAUCACAGCCAUCCACGUCCACUGCCACUGCCAUUUUCACUCCUUCAUCCUCUGCCUAUCCUGGACAUGGUGAAUCACGUACGACUGUCCGACCUACAGUUCAGAUGUCUCAGCCAACAUCCGCUGCCACAAACAGGUCCACUCCGCCAGCCUCUGCCUAUCCUGGACAACGUCAAUCACGUACAAUUGGCCGAAAUACAUGUGAGGUAUCACAGCCAUCCACGUCCGCUGCCACUAACAGGUUCACUCCUCCAACCUCUACAUAUCCCGGACAAGGAGAAUCACGUACGGCUGUCCGACCUACAGUUCAGAUAUCUCAGCCAUCCAUGUCCGCUGCCACUAACAGGUUCACUCCCCCAGUCUCUACAUAUCCUCGACAUCCUACUUAUCGUGUGGCCUCUACUGCGUCUGUGCCCACCAGUCAUGAUUCCACAGAAGUGACACAAGGACAGGAUCAGUUGUCCGUGUUUGAAUCGAUUCUUGGGGAGGACACUGUGAAGCUGUACGAGAAAAGGAAAGCAGAAGGCUACGACGUACCAGACCAUAUGUACCAGAUGUGGUUGAGCUUGAAACAGACCAGCAUAUCGCCAUUCGGGAGAUUUCUCAAUGUGCCGUGUGUACCGCAGAGGAAAAAGAAACGAGGGGGAAGAACACAGUCACUGCCAAAAGCGAUAACGGGAGAUGCCUAUAGGCAGAUUUUGCAGGAUGGAAAAAGAAAGAAAGAAGAGAUUGAACAGCUAAAGGUGAUGAAACGUACAGAAAGGGAAGAGAAAAGAAAGAAGAAAGAAGAGAACCGGGAACAGAAGAAAAGAGUUAGGGACGAGAAACGGCGAUUAAAGGAAGCUGAGAAAGAAAGAGGAAGAGCUGACAGACGCAUGCUUGACACCAGCGAGGAGGAGGACUUCUCUCUAAAUGACUCAACUGAUGUCGAGAUGACCCCCGUCGGACAAACCUCAAAAUUUUAUAAGUGUGAACUAGCAUAUGACAACAGGCCUUUAGCUUGGAUUUCCUGUGAAAAAUGUGAACGUUUGUUUCAUCUCGACUGCACUGAUGUACCUGUUGAUGAUCUCACACCUGAAGAAAUCAUGGACUUUCCGUUUGAAUGCCUUUUCUGCUGAAUUUGUGAAUAGUGAAUGUAUACCUUCAAAUUGCUAUAUUUUGAACAAAAAUGUAGGAAUAUUUCUUCUGUAUUUAGACCUACUGUAUAUAAAAUUACUGAAUUGACAUCGUUAAGUUACAUGUAAGUGGAAUCACAUGUGUUUCCAUGG